UCCAGAACGCAUUUGUCUAAGAAGCUUUUUAUUGAGUUAUAGUGUUUAAUUAAAUAGGCUGCCCAAUGAGCGUCCGAUGGAGAACAUCUAAAAAGAACACUUUUUAGCGCCUAUCCACCCUAUAGGGAAGUCGGCUUAAUUGAACACAAAGACGCGCUUUGGAGACGUGGUAGCUGCCGGAUCUCCUCUUCCUCUCCGUGAUGGCGAUCAACACGGACGCCACGUUCGGAAAAUGCGAGAUGGGGGAGAGGGAGGUGUCACAUCCCACCGACUUCCAGGACACGGAGAAACUGUUGAGCACGACGACGGCCGAACCGACCGGGGAAAGUAACCUCAAACCGUCCGACACCCUCUUUCUCAACGUACGGGGGAGCGUGCGUUCGCUGGACGGCGAUCAGAACGGACACAGGUCGCCUCUCAGAUCGGGCUCCGUGGGGCAUCUAGCUGCCCCACCCAGAUCCACAUCCCGGCUCAGUUUAGGCCCGGGUCCGUCUCCACUGCCGCCCGGGGCCGGACCUCCGAGUUAUCUGUGGCUCGCAGUGUUGACCUGUUUCUGUCCCGCUCCUCCUCUGAACAUGUGCGCCCUGUGGUACGCGCACGUGUCGAGGUCUGUUAUGCAUACAGGGGAUGUCGCGGGGGCGAGGAAAUACGGGCGUCUCUCGAUGCUGCUCAGCUGUCUCUCCAUGCUGCUGGGUGUGGCCGUCAUCGUCUUCAUUGUGACUACUAUAGAGGGAAAGAAAUAGCAUCGCUGACGUCAGUGGAUCAAAGUUGCACCGCAAAAAGGAAAAGAAAAUAGAAAUCAUGUCAUUUUGAAAAUGAAAAAGCACAAAAACCUCUAAAAAUGUAUAUUUGUUUUGAAGCAGCCUCGCAGGACUUCCCCACGUCAUAUUUCCAGAUUUUUUUGUGAAUGAAGUCUAGCGCCUUCCAGAGUCCCAGGAGGGGAAGGACAGAAGAAAGAAACAGCACAUGCACUGUGAGGACUACUGUGAAGUCUCCAGGUCAUCUACUGCCUUCUCCCCCACUGCUGGUCCAUCCAAAGCUAACUGGUUGAUGGGACAACAAUUUGAGGCCUCAUCCACAUGACUUACAUUAUGGUUUACUUCAUCGAAUGAAGUUGCAUGGCCAACUUUGUAUUUGCACACACACAAACGCACACAUACACAUGCACACACACAUUCUCUGCUCUCUCUCUCUCUUGGUACGUGGUAUCGAUGAACACACUUGCACUUGUAAUGAACCGAUGUACUUCCAAAGCUACAGUUUGCAAACCUAUUGGGUGCCUGCCUUUUUUUCUAAAUGUUUGUGACCACCUCUCCUACGGGGAAGAGAUUUCCAAAGUGUUCACGUGCUCUUUGUGCAGAAUGUUCUCAUGUAUGUCGAGGUUAGCCUGUUAGCAUUUGUAGCGUGAUUGCCCGCUUUGCACAGUGGAUGAAAGGUCUGACUUCCUGAAGACAGGUUUGAUCUGGGUGGAUGGCUCAGCCCCUUCUCAAAGUAAUCCAAACAUCAACACGUUUGUAACGUAUAUGCACUACUCCUGGCACAGUUAUUACUUAUAUGUUUGUAUUGUAUGACCUGUAUACUGUGCCAUAGUUCCUUACAUGUGCAUGUCUGAAAUAAACUUGAGAAAAA